CGCUGCCUCCCGGGAGCCGGCCGUGCGCUCUGCUUCUGCGCUCGCUCGCCGCACGCACGCCCGCCCUCGCGGCCGCCGGCUCCCGUAACUGGAUAAAAGAAGAUGGGAAGCAUGUCCGAGUUUUGGUUAAUUUCUGCCCCUGGUGAUCAGGAGAAUUUACAAGCUCUGGAGAGGAUGAACACCGUAACCUCCAAGUCCAACCUGUCUUACAACACCAAAUUCUCGAUUCCUGACUUCAAGGUGGGGACCUUGGAUUCCCUUGUUGGCCUCUCCGAUGAGCUGGGGAAACUCGAUACCUUUGCUGAAAGCCUCAUAAAGAAGAUGGCCCAGAGCGUGGUAGAAGUCAUGGAAGACGCCAAGGGGAAGGUUCCGGAGAACCUCCUGGCCAACGGAGGUUUGAAGGAAAAAAUGAAAUAUUUAAAGAUUGACUUACCAUCCUUUGUGACACACUUUGAAUGGGACAUGGCGAAAUACCCCGCGAAGCAGCCGCUGGUGAGCGUGGUGGACACGCUAGCAAAGCAACUGGCACAGAUCGAGACUGACCUGAAAUCCCGAACAGCCACCUACAACACUCUGAAGACAAACCUGGAGAACCUGGAGAAGAAAUCCAGGGGAAACCUCUUCACUCGGACAUUGAGCAAUAUCGUGAGCAAAGAAGACUUCGUGUUGGGUUCCGAGUAUCUAAUCACACUUCUGGUCAUCGUCCCCAAACCAAGCUACACAAAAUGGCAAAAAACCUACGAAUCCCUCUCGGACAUGGUGGUCCCUCGGUCGACUAAACUGAUUGCCGAGGACAACGAGGGCGGCCUCUUCACGGUGACCCUGUUUCGAAAAGUGAUCGAGGAUUUCAAAACCAAAGCCAGAGAGAACAAGUUCACUGUCCGUGAAUUUUACUAUGAUGAGAAAGAAAUUAAAAGGGAAAGGGAAGAGAUGAGCAGGUUGCUGUCUGAUAAGAAGCAACAGUAUCAAACUUCCUGUGUUGCUCUUAAAAAGGGAUCAUCCACCUUCCCGGACCACAAGGUUAAGGUAACCCCGCUAGGUAACCCCGCUAGGCCCGCUGCGGGGCAGACGGACAGAGAGAGAGAGAGUGAGGGCGAGGGAGAGGGCCCGCUGCUGCGCUGGCUCAAGGUGAACUUCAGCGAAGCCUUCAUUGCCUGGAUCCACAUCAAGGCGCUCAGGGUGUUUGUGGAGUCCGUGCUCAGGUACGGACUACCGGUGAACUUCCAGGCGGUGCUCCUCCAGCCUCAUAAGAAGUCAUCCACCAAACGUUUAAGGGAGGUUCUGAAUUCCGUCUUCAGACACCUGGAUCAAGUAGCAGCUGCAAGUAUACUGGAUGCAUCUGUGGAGAUCCCUGGCCUGCAGCUCAACAACCAAGACUAUUUUCCUUACGUCUACUUCCACAUCGACCUCAGUCUUCUCGACUAGAGAGAUGAACUGGCACCACGGCGCGCUCCUGGUCACGCAGACGCCUGCAGACGCCUCUUUCCCUUAGCCAGAGAACCCUACCGAAUUUAGAUUUUUAGAGAAAUUGCUCACCAAAGUUCGUUACAGUUGUAUUUAUUUUUUUUAAGUUACAAUAAAGAAACGCUCAGUCCUUUGAA